GUGGUGAUUCCAUCUCAAUCAAACUUUAAAAAUAACUUUUCCAUUUUACACCAAGUACCAGAAGGUCAUGUGGGGGUAUAUUGGAGAGGAGGUGCCCUUUUGAAUACAAUAACGGAUCCAGGUUUCCACCUGAAGCUGCCUCUGUUAACCCAGUUCGUGCCUGUUCAAGUGACCCUCCAGACUGAUCAAGUAAGGGAUAUUCCCUGUGGUACUAAGGGGGGUGUAAUGAUCAACUUCGAGAAAAUAGAGGUUGUCAAUCGUCUCCGCAAGGAAUAUGUGUAUGACACUCUGGUCAACUAUGGGGUGAAUUAUGAUAACAUAUGGAUAUAUGACAAGAUUCAUCAUGAGAUCAAUCAGUUUUGUAGCUCUCACAGUCUUCAGCAAGUUUACAUUGAUGUGUUUGAUCAGAUUGACGAAAAGAUGAAAGAUGCUCUCCAAGGUGACUGUACACGUUAUGCUCCAGGUAUUGAAAUCGUCAGUGUGCGUGUAACAAAACCUACCAUCCCAAAUUCUAUCAGAAAGAACUUUGAAGACAUGGAAGUGGAACGCACAAAGGUUUUAAUCGCCAUAGAGAGACAAAGGGUAGUGGAGAAAGAAGCAGAGACCAAUAAGAAAAUGGCAAUUAGUGAAGCCGAGAAGAAUGCCAAUGUUAGCAGGAUCCUCAUGGAACAGAAGUUGAUGGAGAAGGAAAGUGCCAGGAGGCAGCAAGAAAUUGACAACCAAAUCUAUCUUGCCCGUGAAAAAAGCCUUGCGGAUGCCAAUUAUUACCGUGUACUAAAAGAAGCUGAGGCAAACAAGCUGAAGCUUACACCCCAGUUUCUUGAGCUUAAAUUUAUCGAGGCCAUUGCUGAUAAUACAAAGAUUUUCUUUGGGGAUAAGGUUCCCAACAUGGUUUUGGAUCAGAGGCUGCUGGGAAACUUCCUGCAUGAGGUAUCAGAAGGAGUAUCAAGAAAAGCAUCUGGAGAGGAAACCUUUGAAAUGUAGAUCCAAGAUACAUCUUCUAAUGUCAAGAAUGCAGAUGGUUGAUUGUGAUCUCCGUAUCAUGUUCUACCAGAUAAGUCAAAUGAGAAGCAAGUUUCAUGACGUCAUAUAUUGGAAUCUCCAUUUUUGUAGUUUAACAAGGAAUUUUGAUUCACAAAUUUUGAGUAUGUUGCUUAGAAACGUGAAUUGAUGGUUCUUUUGAAUAAAAUAAUUUCAAUAGAGUUAGAAUAAAAACAA